AUGGCUUCAGCCCAAGACAUGCAACGUCCUCCAGGGCCACCUUAUGCACCCACCACCGCAGGAAUCGGCGGCCGAUCUACAGUGAUCCCAGAUAUCCCCAUCCUCGCCGUCCUCCUCCUGUUCUACAUUGGUGGCGCCGUGUCAAACAUGACAAUCUUCCAGCGAAAUCGGCGAAGGCAACACAAAUUUGUACCUUCGGCACUCCUCUUCGGUUUCUGCAUGGCACGGAUCUUGACAUGCUGUCUGCGAAUUGGCUCAGCGAUGAAGCCUCAGAACAUCUCCCUCGCGAUCGCGGCGUCCAUCUUCGUCAACGCCGGCAUCCUGAUCGUCUACAUCGUCAACCUCAUCUUCGCGCAACGGAUCCUGCGAGCGCGGCAACCAUAUCUCGGUUGGAGUAAGGCCUUCAAGAUAUUCUACACCAUGAUCUUUGGCCUGAUUGCGGUCGCACUGAUCGUUGUCAUCGUCUUCAUCGUCAUCAGCUUCUACACGCUCGAUCAGCACCUGAAGCAAGUGUCGAGGGACCUGCAACUCGCCGCCAUCACAUACCUCCUCAUCGUCACGAUGGUACCUUGGAUCAUCCUCGCAGUGUCCUUCGCCCUCCCGGAAGCAGAAGAUGCCGACACAUUUGGCGUGAGCGACAAAAGCACACACUACAAAGCUCUUGUCCUUGCUGCAUCGUCGGCACUUUGCGUGAUCGGUGCUUCCUUCAAAGCCGGUGCAAAUUGGGAAGCACCACGGCCGGCGUCGGACCCUGCCUGGUAUCAGAAGAAAGCCGCCUUCUACGUUUUCUUCUUCGUGCUGGAGAUCUUCAUCAUCUACCUCUUGAUCAUCACACGAGUGGACAAGCUUUUCUGGGUACCGAACAGAUCUCGAGGAAGCUACAAGGUGGUGACGGAACAGGAUGUCUCGCCCCUAAACACACCAAGGAUAGGAUCCUCUGGACAAGAUGUCAUUGUCAGGCCGAAGGAGGAAGCCUGA